CCUAAUAUUGCAGCUUGGCUGGUUGACGUAAGAAGUGCAGCAGUGAAGUACUGAUUGAUUUCUCUUUGCUUCUCAGUUUUCACAUUACUUAAAGACUUCAGAGUUGUCCUGGGGCUGUAAUAAAACUGCUAAUUGCUCUCCAGUAAUUUGUGCUCUGGGAAUUCUUUGAGCAUUAAUAGCAGAACAGCCCGGGAAAGACAUUCAGCAAGCUUUCUUUAAUUAACUUGCAUUAUCUACAUAGUUGUGUAGCUGGCUAAUAGACUUUAACCAUGCUUGAAGCCUUCCCUCCGGUCUGGUCUAGACUGAGAUAAGGCUGUCCCGUAUGUGUCACAGUAAAGGUCUGUUUGUCAGGUUACACGCUUUGGAAGUACUAGCCAGUCUAAAGUUCAGUUCUAAAUCAAAUGUGUUCCUGCGUACAAGCCCGUGGGAGGAGACCCACACUGGCUCCACCUCUCGUUCCAAGAGUGGCCGGCUAGUUUCAGUCAAACAUGACGGAUGAAUGGGUGCUGAAAUUCAGACUCUAAGAUCAUUGGAGGAACAGGUGUCUCUGUUUUGGACGUGGUUGUUUUAACAGGUCUCUAGAGACAAGAAAAGGCAAAGAGAGACCAUGUUUUAGAGACCCCGUGUUGGCAGCCCAUUCUCUACAAUGAACAAUGAAGAUGAGUUCUAUGAUGCCGUCACAGGCUUGGAUUCAGACGAGUCGUGUGAAGGCACAUCAGAGGCCAGUUUUAAAGAUGCUGUAGUGUAUGUCGGCGCUCAGAAGAACAAUGGAGCGGUUCCUCAGGAGAACGGAAUUAAGAAGCACAGGUCGUCUCUUCCCGCCCCCAUGUUCUCCAGGAGUGAUUUUAGCGUAUGGAGCAUUCUCAAGAAAUGUAUUGGACUGGAGCUGUCCAAGAUCACCAUGCCCAUUGUGUUCAAUGAGCCCCUGAGCUUUCUACAGAGAAUCUCCGAGUAUAUGGAGCACACAUACCUCAUCCAGAAAGCCUGCUCCCAGUCCGACUCUAUAGAGAGGAUGCAGACGGUAGCUGCCUUCGCUGUGUCUGCAGUAGCAUCUCAGUGGGAUAGAACUGGAAAACCUUUCAACCCGCUUUUAGGCGAAACCUAUGAACUCACACGAGAGGAUCAGGGUUUCCGACUGAUCUCGGAGCAGGUGAGUCACCAUCCUCCAGUCAGUGCGUUUCACACUGAGAGUCUGACGGGAGACUUCGUGUUCCACGGCUCCAUCUACCCCAAACUCAAGUUCUGGGGCAAAAGUGUGGAGGCGGAGCCUAAAGGGACCAUCACGCUAGAGCUUCACAAGCAUAAAGAGGCGUACACAUGGACGAACCCUUUCUGCUGUGUACACAAUAUAAUUCUUGGUAAACUGUGGAUUGAACAGUAUGGCACCGUAGAAAUCGUCAACCACAGUACUGGAGAGAAGUGUGUGCUGAACUUUAAACCCUGCGGGAUGUUUGGAAAGGAGCUGCACAGAGUUGAAGGUUACAUCCAGGACAAGAGUAAGAAGAAGUGCUGUGUGAUCUAUGGGAAAUGGACCGAGUGUAUGUGGAGCGUCGACCCGCAGGUGUACGAGGCCCAUCGGAAGCUCGACAAGAGAGGAACGACGGACACUAGAAAACAGAAACAGGAGGAGCCAGAAGCCGUCAACGAGGAUGCGGAUGAAAUGCCUGAAGUACAGGAGACUGUGGCAGUGAUUCCUGGUAGCACAUUAUUAUGGAGAAUAUCAUCGAGACCGCCGCAUUCAGCAGAGAUGUAUAACUUCACUAAUUUUGCCUUGACGCUGAAUGAGCUGGAGCCUGGCAUGGAAGGAGUGCUGGCACCAACAGACUGCCGCCUGCGGCCUGACAUCAGAGCCAUGGAGAACGGCAAUAUUGAUGAAGCCAGCAGAGAAAAGGAGAGACUGGAAGAGAAGCAGAGAGCAGCUCGAAAAGAGCGGGCCAAAGAUGCUGAUGAGUGGUCGACUAGGUUAGUGUGUGUGUGUGUGUGUAGGUGUGUGUGUGCUUUUGUUUAUGCAGUAUUUUUAACCUCUCCUACUGUGUUUAGGUGGUUUCAGUUAGGCACAAAUCCAUAUACAGGAUCACAGGACUGGCUGUACACUGGCGGCUACUUUGAGAGGAAAUACACAGACUGUCCUGAUAUCUACUGAUGAGGAGGCGCAAGUUCAAAGGGCAGAAGUUUUGUCACUUCCUCCCUCCCUCUCUCUCUCCCUCUCUCCAUCUUCACAAACCCUCUACACGAUGCACCACAUCGCGUCCAAACCGAAAACGAUAGCACUUAUGCUUACAUUAAUAUUGAGCUGCCUCCAUUUCCAGCACUUGUUUAUGAUUGUGCUUUUGUCCUUUGGAAGCAUCUCCUUUCACUUCCCAUCAGCCCUUUGGGUUUUCUCAAUGGAGGAAAGGAUCAAAACAGCAGCAGGAGACCCAAUCUGAUUUUUUUCUGCCUUUGAACGUACAAACCCCUCAGCAGAGCUCCAGUUUGUUCAGUGUCAGUGAUGCUGGAGCUUGAUAAAGAUGUAGAUAUGUAACCAAUAAAAUGUGACACUGAAGUGCUCUGGCCGUUUUCCAUGUACAGUAGGCGUUUAACAUAUAAAAAUCUAAUUCCAGAUGUUUGAGCGUGAAGUUGAUCAAGCGUUAAUUAAAUAACAACAGAAUGUCAUAAUGUUUAGUGAAUGGUGAUGAAUGUUAAUAAUGAACUGCGGUUGCGUGUAGAUGUGUGUGCGCUUGUGGCAGUUAAUGUAAAAAGCCAUAGAUUUUGUUUUAAUUGGCACAAUAUUUUGUCUUUUGGAUUUUCAGAUUAAGCUUUACGUAAAAUAGCCUUAUCGUGCAUUUUAAAAAUGGCCUCAGAGAUGUUUUUCUUUUUCCUUUCACCUCGUGGCUUCCGCAGAGACUCAUUGGAUGUAAAAUAGGCUGAUUGUACCGACAUUAAUCUGUUGUUUAAUAAGGCUUUGUUGACAUACUGUAAAUGCACAUUUUCGUAUUGGUGUCAUACUAAAUUGUUCCUCAUGCACUUGUCACUGAAUUUGCUUUAUGAAAAGUAGGUUGUCUUGGGUUGUUUUAUCCAUCAGCAUUUGCAUCUGUUAUCACCGUUCUCAAACAUAGACAUGUACACUGUGUAUUUGAGAAACUGACACAAUCUAUGCAACCCAUCGGACUGCUCGAACCCCACAGAAUAAUGAACGUACAGAAUGGCAGCUUAUGUAAGUGUAAAUGUUUGAGAGAAUAUUUCCUGCCUGUAGAUGCCAUGAAAAGUAUUGUAAACCUACUCAUAUACUCAUUCAUCAUAAGUGAUUAUUUUCAUAUAGAGAUGAUCUGAAGUGUGCAGGUCAAAUGAGUGUGAACACACACCCGUGCAACCAUUGUUGCUCUUCUCAAGUACACAAACGUCUUUUGUUUCCCACAGUGCCUGACUUUGAACACAUCUGUGAGUCACUAGUACUUCAUCUUGAGCUGUUUGUUUGGCACUUAAAGGUGUUUUAAGAGUUGUUUGAUAUGUUAGACAUUUUAUUUAAUUUCCUAACCAUUGUUCCCUUCGUCUGAGUACUAAACGUCAACAAUGUCAAAAUAUAUUCGAUACAAGCAUCACAUUCAGUACACUACUUGUUUUGCAUCCUGUAUUGUAUCUGUUCCUUCAUUAAAUGUACAUUUGAUUAUUUGAAAGAUAGCGUUAUAAAACUAAUAUUCCACAAUUAAACUAGAUUUUAUUUAA